AUGUCCGGUAAAGGCAGUCUGAGCAAGCAGAAUUCCGCAGCAAAAAAAGCUGUGAAUCAGAGAAAAGGCUGCACGAUGAGAACCUGCAAUUUCAUCUCUCCGGUCAGAUAUCUCAAACAAGUCGGCGGAAAAUUCGUCGCCGUGGUCGUGCGGAUAACCACCAGGGCGCCGCCGCCGCAGAGGGAGAGGGCGAGAACCAGCGUCGCGCCCAUCGAUUCUCAGAGAGCUGAAGCCAUACAUGACUGCAUAGACUUCAUCAAUUCUUCCUCUACGCUGCCGAGAUCGAAUUCGGUCGCCAGCUGA